UCAAAACAAAGGCAGCAUUCAUUCAGUCGAUGUUAAGGAAUUCGAGUAAAAGUAUCCAUUUUUUCUGUUUUUAGUUGAGUUAAAUUUUAAAAUGCUUAAGUUCAUAGCUCUGUAAACAGUUCUGCUCUCGACUAUAACUUUUCCAAACGAUAACAAUGUCGAUUAGAACGGCACUACUGCGCAGCAGGGCAUCCUCGACGGAUGACGACAGUCCAAACGAGAACCAAAGAGCCGCAAUGUUACCCGUCGACUUAGCACCGGGCACUUCUGCAAACCAACCCAUAUUCAAAAUUCGGGAGCAGAAAAAGGGUCAUUCUCAGUAUGAAAGUCUGGAUUAUGACGUUUGUGAAAAUGUACUGUGGCAGCAAGAACAUCGGAAGAUCGAACGGUGGUUCACCGUACGGAAGGAUUUCACCCGGUGGAUCGUUUCGAUGCAAAUAGGUGUGGGAACAGCGCUGGUGGCGUGUGGAAUCAACAUCGUAAUCGAUGAGUGCUCUCGGAUUAAAUAUUCGUUUCUGAAGCGCACGGUGGAUCAGAAUUUGUUGAAUGGCGAUCUCAGCAUACCCUAUCUGUACUGGGCACUGACCAACGUUGUACCGGUGAUGAUCGGAGCAGCACUGGUGGCCUUUGUGGAACCGGUUGCUGCUGGAAGCGGCAUUCCGCAGGUCAAAUGUUACCUCAAUGGAGUAAAAAUCCCACGAAUUGUGCGUAUUAAAACACUGGCUGUGAAAGCGGUGGGCGUAGCAACUUCUGUUAUCGGAGGAUUGGCCGGUGGUAAGGAAGGACCGAUGAUACACAGUGGUGCCGUGAUUGCGGCAGGAAUUUCACAAGGUAAAAGCACCACUUUCGGGCGGGACUUCAAGGUGUUCCAGUAUUUUCGGGACGAUCACGAGAAGCGUGAUUUCGUGGUUGGUGGAGCGGCUGCCGGUGUUGCGGCGGCUUUUGGCGCUCCCAUUGGAGGUGUUCUUUUCUCGCUAGAGGAAGCGGCCAGUUUCUGGAAUCAAUCGUUAAUUUGGAGGACAUUUUUUGCAUCCGUCAUCAGUUCAUUUACGCUGAAUCUCGUUCUGUCGGCCUACAAUGGGUUGAGCAGUUUUCACUACCGUGGUUUGUUUAAUUUAGGUGAAUUCGAACCACUGCCGUUCGAAUAUUAUGAACUACCGAUCUUUAUGAUUAUGGGUGUUCUCGGUGGAAUGUUCGGGGCAUUUUGGAACAGUGCCAACACACGCAUCAACAUCUUCCGAGCCCGGUUUAUCAAGUAUCGGUGGGCAAAAGUGCUGGAAGCAGCGUUCGUCGCAUGUGUCGGGGCAACUUGUGCCUGUGCGAUGGCCUAUUCGAUCAACGACUGUCGUCCGCUGGGAAACGACCCUACCGAAACUCCCGUGCAGCUGUUUUGUAAUGACAACGAGUACAAUGCCGCCGCUGCUCUGUGGUUUCAGACACCCGAGGCAUCGGUGAAGGCACUUUUCCAUGACCCACCCGGAUCUCACAACAUUCUCACCUUGAUGAUAUUUGUUUGCAUUUACUAUGUCUUGUCGUGUGUGACGUACGGAUUAAGCGUGUCGCUGGGAAUAUUCAUUCCAACGCUGUUGGUCGGAGCAGCUUGGGGACGUUUGAUGGGAACCAUCGUUGUACUGGCAUUCCCUGCAUCAAGUAUGUUUGUCCACCCAGGAAAGUACGCCCUGAUCGGAGCGGCUGCCCAGCUAGGAGGAACCGUUCGGAUGACACUGAGUUUAACAGUUAUUCUAUUGGAAACGACCGGCAAUAUUGAAUUCGUUUUGCCAAUUAUCGUCACGUUGAUGUCGGCCAAGUGGAUGGGAGAUUUCUUCAAUGAAGGAAUCUACGAUACGCAAAUCAAAACGUCCAAAGUGCCGAUGCUGCCAUGGCAUGUGGAUUCGAAGUUGGAAAAAUGCUUUGCCAGUAACAUCAUGAAUCAGCCGGUGAUUUGCCUUCGCAGGAGAGAGAAAGUAAACUAUAUCAUUGACGUACUGAACAGCACCAGGCACAAUGGUUUUCCGGUGGUAGAUGAUGAUGAAUAUAGUACCCGAGGAAACGGUCGGCUCGUUGGCCUGAUUCUACGUUCUCAGCUAGUUGUAAUUUUGAAACACAGCAUGUACAUAGAAACUCAUCGACACUGGCGGGAUCUGAUCAGUAUCGAACACUUCCGAAAAGAGUAUCCGCGGCACCCAACAAUAAAGGAUCUACGCAUCAGUGAGGAUAAAACCAUAAAAAAUUACACGGUCGAUAUGACGACUUUCAUGAACCCAUCACCGUACAGCGUCGGUCCGGAGACAUCCGUUCCACGUGCCUUCCAACUGUUCCGGGCACAAGGUUUACGUCAUCUUGUAGUAGUUACUCUGGAAAAUCGCGUCCGCGGAAUGAUCACUCGAAAGGACUUCCUAAGAGACUUGUGAUUUAAGCGAGAUACUUUAUUCGGUUGCGUUUAACAUACUAUACUUUUUAAUUUAUGCACGAAAUCUGAUCGUUUAUCGAUUGAUUGUUUUAUUGAAACAACCCAAAUGUGAAUGAUUGCGAGA